AUGGAACUUAAGUCAUAUGAUAGUACAAUUCUACCUCUUCUUCGUCGUAUGUCAUAUCUCGAAAAAUUAACCUUAUAUCUUCGUAUAAAAGAUCGAGAUAGAUUCAUUGAUGGUACUCAUCUUGAAAAUGAAAUCCUUGUUUAUAUGCCACAACUUCAUUCAUUCACUUUCUAUAUUUGUACUUAUAUCGAUACUGUUGGUUUAAUACAUAAUUUAUCUAGUGAAGAUAUUCAACGAACAUUUAUUAAUAUUGGACAACACCAUGUAGCUAGUAUCGUCAAUUAUAUUAAUGACACACAAAUUGUAUGUUCGAUCUUUUCAAUUCCUUUUACAUUUGAUCGUCUUGAAGAUAUUGGUAAUAUAUUUCCAAAUAUUACAUUUAGUUGUGUUACAUAUUUAUUAGUACAAGAUGUGGUUCCAUUCAAUCAUGAAUUCUUCGUUCGAGUUGUUCGAGCUUUUCCAUUACUAAAGACUUUUCGUAUUUUCAAUUGUGAAUCACAAUCAUUAUGUAAUAUUAAUAGUAGUGAAUCAUAUGAAAUUGCUAAAUAUCCUUACCUUACCUAUCUUGACAUGUUAGGCGCAGAUAUUAAUUAUAUUGAACAAUUUUUAAAUGAAAAAAAGACAUAUGUACCACAUUUAACCAAAUUAAAAGUCGUUUAUAAUAGUUUAAGAAUUGUGACAAAUAAUUUUACAAGAGAAGAAACACGAUAUAAUUGCGCUAAAAUCAAACGAUUACUUAUGGUAAUACCGCUGGUACAUUCAAAAGACUUCUAUUAUUAUUUUCCUUUGUUGUAA